AUGGGUGGAACAGAGCGUCUGUGGCUAUUUGCCAGUUUAUGUCAGGUGGCGUUGCUGACCUGUGAACAGCACUCGAACCCUGUAGAGGUUGAAGUUGGAUUUGGUCCCUUCCCUUCCAGUCAAGAUCCAGACAGCUACGCAGUCACCUGCAGGGCCGCAAGUAACCAUCUGGUACAUGCGGAGCCCCUCGAUCACUCAGCAUGCUCUCCUGAUUGCAAGAUGUCCCUGCGAUUGGUUGAGGACCGAAGUGGAUAUAACAUCACAUUGAGAGCCAGCAGGAAUGGCACCACACUUGAGGCAAAGACCUUUCACUUACUUCCAGUCUCGCUGUCUUCGUUCCGUGUAUACAGCACGACGACGUCUGCUCUCCUGACAUGGAAACUUCACAGACAACAGAGCCUGUCCACCCUGAGUCUAUACAACGCUCACACACAGUCUGUCACACACAUCUUCAACGUGAAGCCCUCGGAGGUCGUGGAGUCCCGGUACACAGUGAUAGGUCUCCAGCCUGGCACACCCUUCAGGGUCAAAGUUGUGGUGACUACACUGCUCCAACAUCUUAAUGUGAUCUUGAAGCAGAGACUCAGCAUCGGCAUGGAAACAGCUCAGUGCCCCGUUGGUUGGCUGGCCAAUGGGACAAGUUGCUACGCUGUGAGAAGAAGAGGUUUGACCUGGGGUGAAGCCCAGCACAGCUGCAAACGCCUGGCGGCUGGAAGUCACCUGGCUGACCUGAAGACUCUGGAAGAUCUGCUUUUUGUAUCUUCUCACCUGCUGAGCCACAACAACCUGCUGCUGCUAUGGACGGGACUCAGUGACCAGCAGGAGGAGGGCCAGCCUGUCUGGUCUGAUGGCUCAUCAUAUAACCUGACGGACACUAUGAUGACACUACUGCCAGUCAAUCAGACUGACUGUUUUGCCCUUCAGAGGAAUGCCACGGGACCAGGACACUUUCUCACGCCAUUCUUCUGUAACAUCCCCUUACCCUUCAUCUGUCAAUACCAGACCCCUCGAGUCCCUGCCUUAUUCUCAUUUGACCUGGUUCAGGUGACAGAGCAACAGGUAGAGCUUCGUUGGAGUGACUUCCCACCCUUGUACUCGCGUGAUCAUUCGUCCCUUGAGAUAUUCCUCCAGUACCAAAAGGAGGCAAGUGGAGAGCUGAGGCGAAGUGAAGAAGGUAGAAGGAGGACGUCAGAGGACAAAAAGGGGAGACAGAGCCAGAGCGGUGUGGAAAAAAUUGUGAAAGUCCCCAUCUCCCUCUCUUCCAGAGGGGUAACUGUGGCAGGUUUGUCUCCAGGGAGCGUCUAUUCUUUCACGCUUCGAGCCUCUCACCCUGCAGGCUCAACCUGGAGCUUGGGACAGACACAGACUGCAUACACUAGACCGCUUCCUCCUCAAAACAUCACUGUUGGCCCCAUUGCAGUCAGUCAGAUUAGUGUUCACUGGAUGCUGGCAGAUGCACAGGGUGCGGCUGGAUGGGCAUUUGUUGUGCGCUACGGGGACAUGUCUUCAAGACAAGAGAGUAUAGUUGGAAUGACCAACAUCUCCUGGUCACACGAGACUGGUGGGUUGCAGUCAUACACUGCUGUGAUUGGAGGGCUGGAGUCUUACAGGAAAUACAUGAUUGAAGUUUACACAGUCACCCGGCACGGGAUAGAGAGCUGUGGACAGACGCCUGUGACUGUGCAGACUGCGGUGAGGGCCCCCAGUGGUCUGGUGGUGUUCAGCACAAGGGGAAAUCUGACAGUCUGCUGGACCAGUCCACCUGAUGACCCACCAGAUGGUUAUUAUAUCACAGCCCAGCCACUCAGUAACCCCAGUGCUUCUUCACUGUGGAUAAACCAAUCCAGUCCCGGUGCACUCUGGAUAAAUCAGUCCAUGUGUGUUGAUCUGGGAACAUUUACUCCAGGCCAGACGUAUGAUGUAGGAAUGGUUGCACUGAAGGGUAAGGACAGGAGCCAGAGGACCAGCGUCAUACACACCACAGAUCCGAUACCAGUUCAGGUAGCAGUCCCUCUUUCAGUGGGCGCAAACUCUGCGCAGUUGUACAUUCAGCAUCCACGGCUGGGUCUGAUUGAUGGGGUGAAAGUGUGUUUAUGUCCAGGGGUUUGUGACACUGUGUGUGAGGGAUUGUGUGGGUAUUCGUGCAACUGGUACUCCCUCCCUGCUGGCAUUGAUCUUGUAACUGUUGGCAACCUCAGUCCAGGAUCAGAGUACCAGCUCAGGGUUCACAGCACCAGCCGGGAGCAAAUGGGACCACCUUACUACACCCGUCCCAUCAGAACAAGUCUGGCCCCUCCCAGCAGAGUGAGGGAGGGCGUGGUGACGGAUUCAUCCAUAGAGCUGCUUUGGGAUCCCGCACAAGGACGGGCUCACAGCUACGAGGUCAUCUGCCUCAACUGUGACCAUUCACGCAUGGUGCAGAAGGUGUUGAGUCAGAGUGCUGUGUUUUCUAGUCUCACUCCAGGGAGGCUCUACCACUUUGCAGUACGAACAGAGAAGGAGUCCUUCACCGACAGUUCCCCUGUCACCAUCAGCAUCACUGCAGCUCCCAGCCCAGUGGAGGUGUUCCUCAUCAAUAAAACCACAUCAUCCAUAUGCAUUAGUUGGAGUACGGUCAGGGGAGUGAUGAGCGCGCUCAUCCUGUCUAUCAAAAAUAGAACAUCCAAUCGAGAGCAGAUCAUUUCUCAUCAGGAGCCCAGAUCUUACAGCUUUGAAGGCCUCGCUCCUGGAAGCCAGUAUACAAUUGAAGUGAUUUGUGCCAGCGGAGAAAGGAAGAGUAAACCUGCUACUAUGAUCCUCCGUACUAUCCCAGAGGUACCACAGGAAGUGGCUCUUUCAGAGCACGUAGUGACAUCUGUGUUUGUCACAUGGAGACCACCAACAGGACUGGUGGAGGGGUACAAGCUUGUCUUUGGCCUGCUCUCCGUGGACAGGAAAUCGUGGCUUGAAGUGCUUGUCCGUGCCACGAGGUAUGAAAUCAGGGAUUUGAUCCCAGGGUCAGACUACGGUGUCAACAUUCAGAGUGUGUUGGGCUCGGACGCCAGUCAGGCGGUCCACAGACAGUUCAGCACACGCCCGGCAGGAUUAUGCACUCUCCAUUUGGGCAACAGGAACUCUUCCUCUGUCUCUGUGAGCUGGGACAGCGCAUUUGGAGAGUUUGACUUCUACAGAGUCACUGUGGCCAACACCUCAGUCACAAACACGCUCAUCAUAGCCAAGGAGGAGCAGGUUGCCGUGGUUACAGGGCUGCUGGAAGGCUGCAGCUACAACGUGAGCGCGGAACGAGUGAGAGGAGCGACGACCGGGAGUGCUGCCUUUCUGACUGUAACCACAGUGCCAGCCCCUGUUCGUGGAGUGCGUGUCGUCAGUGUGUCUGAACGUGCAUUCUCUCUACGCUGGGAGCAGGCAGCGGGGUGUGUGGAUCAUUACCAAGUGAGCCUGCUACCUAACCAGGGAAAAGUCACAGUGCAACCUGGACAUGAUGGAUACAUUCAGGCUGAUGUGGUCAAUGUCAGUCCAGGGACACAGUACACCAUAACGGUCACAGCAGCAGCAGCCUCCUCUUCCAACAUCAGCCCUGGAGUCAGCCGCAUGAUCAACACUAAUGAGAGUGUUCCUGGUCCACCUUCCGGCCUAGAGGGAGAGGCUGUAGGCUCUAAUGGUAUUCUGCUCUCCUGGACCAUGCCACCUGAUGCCAACAAAGUUGAUGGAUAUGUCAUCAGGUACAAGGAAGUAUGUCCCUACCCUGAUCUCACCUUCACACAGGUGACCAAGAACCUGGACAUACCGGAGACCCUGCUCACUGACUUCACCUCAGGUUCUACGUACCACAUUCAGGUAGCAGCCAUAUCUCCAGCUGGAAUAGGAGCAUUCAGCAAAUCUGUAUACAUAAAGACUGCGGAGUCCUCCCCUGGCCUGGUCACCAACCUGACAGCAUUUGCUCAAAACCACACCUUUGUCAUGGUUACCUGGUUCCUGCCGCACCGCAUCAACGGCCUCAUCACAAAGUUUGCUAUCAAGGCAAAGCACGCUCGUACAGGGCAGACGGUCCGCAUGCUGGAGGUCAAUGCAGAGGACAUCAUGACUGGAGCGCUGCCUCACUGCAAUGAUGCAGCUGAUAUCCUGUCUCGUGCAACUCUGAGUCCAUUGGAGAUAACAGCAUCGUCUCCACCCAUCACCCUCUCCGCCGUGCCCCCUGCAGCUUCCUGGAGUGUGCCCAUAUCAGUAGGAGUUGAUCAGCUGCGACCUUACACUGCCUAUCUAUUUGAAGUGUCUGCCUUCACCUCUGAUGGAGAGGGACAGAUAGCAUCCACUAUGGUCCGCAUGCCAGAGUCAGCCCCGGAAGACCCACCACAAAACUUCUCUGUGCUGAAUGUGACGUCAAGAUCACUCUCUGUGUCCUGGAACUCUCCCAGCAUUAUCACAGGAAAAUUCACCUACAUGCUCUACCUUUAUGGACCUACAGGAUAUCUGUAUGAGAACAGCACAGGAGACAUGCGGUUUGCUUUCACUGGUUUGACCCCCUACACGAGGUACACGGUGGUCAUCAGAGCCAAAGCAGCUGGAGAAGUGGGUCCGGCAGCGCAGGAUGACGCAUCUACACCUGCUGAAGCACCCAGUGUGGUGCAGAACCUGAUGGCAGUAGCCGAGGACUCAGUUUCAGUCCGUGUGAGUUGGAGAAGCCCUGCUCAGCCUAACGGUCCGAUCACCCAGUACAGACUGCAGGUCCUGGUGGGCGUCACCCUGCUGCAGGACAUCACCCUCACUGCAGAAGUGAAUACAACCGAUUUGUACGAAGAUGAGACACUUCCCCCUGAUGUCCAUAACAGCCAAGGGCGGCGCAAGAGAACCGCUGAGCUCAGUCUGAUCACGUCUCCACCAAUUUUCACGGCCACUGUUUCUGCCCGCACGCUGCCGACCGGUAUGACUGCUGCCAGCUUCACACACCCUGGACUUAGAACCCCAGACCACACUACCUACACCGAUGUUCAGCCUACCAUUGACCCAUUGGUCACUGAGAAGCCCAGCACCAGUUACGCCUCUGCUUCACACUCUAACACAGCAAAUAUUGAAUCUUCUGACUCUUCGGUCUCUAGGACCGGUGCUUUUUCCCUCACCUCUUUGCCACCUGCUACGCUUCCACCCUGGCUGAGAAAGCAAUCACAUGCCAGGGAUAUGAUCUCAGAUUCCUCCCCCUUGGCCCUGACCCUGAGCCAGGUCCGCUUGUCCACACGUGAUGCAUCAAUUACAGGACACUUUCUAACACGCACUGCAGCAGCUUCUGGUACUACAGGUGUAACAGGUGUAACAGUGAGGGAGGAGGUGAUGGGCGCUUUGUCUGAGGAGUUGUCUUACCUGGUGUCAGAUCUGAAUCCCUUCACCGAGUACACAUUCAGGGUCACUGCUUCCACCACUGUGGGAGAAGGCCCUGCCACAGACACCACUGAGAAGACCAGGGAGCAGGUCCCUAGCUCAGUACUUGAAGUGUCCUAUCAAAACAUCAGCUCCACCUCCAUACUAGUGAGCUGGGUCCCGCCCCUCUACCCCAAUGGACGGAUCACACACUACACUGUCUAUGGCCUCAGCCUGCACAGUAACCAGGCCCUGAAGUGGGUUACUAACACUACCAGCAUAUUGAUAACAGAUUUGGACAAGUAUACUGGUUAUAAGCUGCGCGUGGCUGCAUCUACAGCUGUGGGAGAGAGCUCUCUUUCUGAGGAAGAUGACAUCUUUGUUUACACCUUAGAGGAUGAGCCUGACUCCCCCCCUGUGAACCUUACUGUGGUAGACAUCAGCCCCUCCACUGUCACACUGGCCUGGUCUGCACCAGAGAAAGCCAAUGGGGUGAUCCAGCAUUACGAGGUCCUGUACGAGAACGGAUCCUACUCUGCUUUGAUGAACACCUCCUCUAACAGAGUGACCCUGACCAACCUGAAGCCAUUCUCCUACUACAACGUGUCUGUGAGGGCGUACACGCGUUACGGCAACGGCAACCAAACGUCAGACACUUUACACCUCCUGUCUGGAGAGGAUGUCCCAGGCAGUCCUCCGCAUGGCCUCACCUAUGAGUCGGUCAGUCCUAGUGAGGUGAAUGUGACCUGGCGGCCUCCCCUGCUGCCUAACGGGGUCAUCACUCACUACAGCCUGGAACUCUGGAAUUCCAGUCACUACCUGAACCUCACCUCCCUGACCAACUACGUCCACAUCACACAUCUGCGGAAGUAUGCACACUACCGCGUCACGGUGCAGGCGCACACGUAUGUCGGGCCGGGAAACUACAGCAGCGCGCCACUCAACAUCACCACACUGGAGGAUGCUCCAGACACACCUCCUCAGUUCCUUCAAGCCAGAAAGUUGUCAGACUAUGAGGUAGAGUUGUCAUGGCAACCACCACUUGAAGCCAAUUCGGACAUACUCUACUACAUUAUCAGAGUUUGGAAUGAAACGAGUGAGCUGUGGCAAAAUGUGACAGAGACAUCAGUGGUUAUUAAUGUGGACUCAGAGAGUCUCUACAAUACCUCUGUCUCCAGCUGGACCAGACUGGGAGAUGGAGGAGUGCUGAUCUACAUUAGCUUUACCACCACAGAUGCAGAGCCAUCUGACCCCCCCCAGAAUGUGACUGUUGCUAAUGUGACUGCCUCCUCUAUCACCUUGCUGUGGCACCCACCCACUGAACCCAAUGGAAUCAUUGUGCACUACACUUUUUACUACUCUGACAACAACACUGUAACUGAGCAGAGGGUUCCCAUUUCAGGCUUAACUGCCCCUGCCUCUCCUGAUUCACCCCUCUCCUACACUCUGUCUCGGCUCAUUGGGGGCACUAACUACACCGUGUGGAUGGCCUCCAGCACUGUGCAGGGGGAUGGAGGGGUCCGGAGCAAGACACUAACCUUGUUCUUACCGGAGGACGUGCCUAGCGACUCAGUCCGAAACCUGACGGCUCAGAUCUUCAGCUCGACAGCCAUCAUCGUCAGCUGGGACCCUCCCCUGGAGCCAAACGGCCGUCCUUACUACCUGCUCACCAUACAGGAGGUCGGCCCCCCAAAUGUAUCCAGCCAAGGGACUCCAGCAGUCAACAAGACCAUCAAGCAUACCACAACUGACAAUGUCUUCCUGUUCACCAAACUCAAGAAGUAUUUCCCUUAUAUGCUGACUGUUACCCCGGCAACUGGUGCUGGCCCUGCCUACAACCAUACCAGCGCAAUGUACCUGAGAACAGAUGACGACAUUCCCAGUUCUGUUCCUCUGUUAGUGUCCACCAAGAACUUGUCGUCGUCCUCCAUCGCUGUGGUCUGGCAGCGCCCUCUGGAGGCCAACGGGGAGAUAACUGAGUAUACCCUUACGCUGUUCGGACCAGGGGGCUCCAUCACAGCACACACCCCCAACACCUCCUUCAUCCUCACUAACCUACUUCCAUACACAGCUUACAACCUCACUAUUACAGCAGCAACACGUAAAGGCUCCGGGCCUUAUCUGCUGCUGCAGCUGCACACUGAUGAAGGAGGCCCCAUGUCCCCUCCCCGUAAUCUGACUAUAUACAACCACACGGCGGUGUCUGUAUGGCUGAGCUGGGAGCCUCCUCUGGAGCCCAACGGUGUGGUGAUGCAGUAUGGCUUCAGGAUCCGGGACCUCAUCACACACACUGUCACACACCAGAAUUCCUCUGGUCUGUCAACCACAGAGUAUCUAUCAGGCUUCAAGCCUCAUAGCUCCUAUGAGAUCAGUGUUUACAGUUACACCAGAGUGGGCCAUGGGAAUCAGUUCAGCAGCCCUGUGACCUUUACGACUAACGAGUCAGUAUCUGAUGUUGUGGGGAACCUGUCUUGCUCAGGAGUGAGCUGGGACUCAGUUCAGCUGUCCUGGGAUCUUCCAGCCAACCCUAACGGGGAGAUCAUUUCUUAUGAGAUUCUAGUGGAGGUAGACUUGCAGUCCUACGCACACCAGUCUCACUCACCAGAGUACACAGUGACUGGGCUGUCACCAGACCAAGAGUACGUACUCACUGUGGCCGCAGUCAACUCUGCAGGACGUGGGGACAGAAUAAACUGUACUGCUUCUACUCUUUCUGAAUCAGUUCCAGCUGCCCCUCACUUCCUCACCGUCUCUCAGGUCACACCUAACAAUGUGACACUUCAGUGGGCUCCUCCGCUCUCCAUACCGGGCCUGCUGAAAGAGUACCACAUCAUUGCACAGCUGCUUUCAACUGUUUGCGAAACAAACAUCCCACCAGCUGCACAGCCAGCCUCAGAGGACGAGCUGACCUCAGAUUGUGUGGACUCUCAUGUCACAGUGUCACUGAAUGCUUCGGACGGCGGUGAAGAGAACAACAACAGCAUCACGCUCCAAUCCCUAAAUAAAUACAGAUACUACCGCUUCAGAGUGGCUGCUGUGACCAACGCCGGAGUUGGAGAAUAUACGCACUGGAGUUAUGCCCGGACCCUCGCUGGAAACCCUGAUGCCCCUCCCCGUGAUCUAAAAGUGACCCCCACCUCCAACAGCCUUCGCAUUGCGUGGGAUGCUCCGGCUGUUCUCUCUGGGCCGACGUCGUAUCUUGUGCAGGUGGAUGGUCCUGGUUUGAACAUCUCAACAGUCCGGGCUCCAGGAGAGAUGACAACUGUCAUUGUGACUAACUUGACUGCUUUCACCCGUUACUCUGUGACUAUCACUGCCUUCACUGGUCCGCUUGCACUGGCAGCCAGCGAUGGGAAAGCUAUUGGACCUACUGAAUUUCAAACACUGGAAGAGGAGCCCAAAGACCCUCCCAAGAACGUGAUGGUAUCAGUUAUCCCAGAGGAAGUGAGCCGUGUGAAGGUGACCUUCAUGCCCCCAGAAGAGCCCAAUGGAAACAUCACUGCCUACUUGGUCUACAUCUAUGAAAAAGACCAGCUGGUCAAGAACAUCAGCCUUAAUAUCAUCCAAAAAGAGCAUAACACACUGACUGCUGUCAUAGAGGGCCUAAAGGGAGGACACAGCUACAGUAUACAGAUUUCAGCAAGGAACGGGGCCGGUAGGAGCCCGCCCAGCCCCAAUGUCCAGAUAACUACAGGAAUCAAAGCCCCGGCCAAGCCAACCCAAAGACCCCAGGCAGUAUUGGGCCAUGGAGGGGUUGCCAUGGUAACCCACAGGAGUAUCACCAUCCGCAUGCCUGCCUGUUUCUAUAGUGACGACAAUGGACCAAUCGCGAAAAUUCAGGUCAUCGCGGCUGAGUCAGGGGUGAGGGACAUCCAGAACCUGACCAACUGGAAGAAUGCAUUUUUCGAUCAUCCUGCCCCUUACCUGACUGACAAGGGGUUCCCCAACCCGCCAUGUUUUUUGAGGGAUGCGGCGUCACGCGUGGAUGCACGCGUCAGAGGUGUUCGCAGUGUGCCUGGAGACGGCCAGACCCUUGUGAGGCACAAUCACACAACGGCAGGAACGUACGUGAUCGGGGAGAACAAUGACUGCAUGCAGGAAAACAAUACUGACAAUUUCUGCAAUGGACCUCUGAAGCCUAACACGGUCUAUGUGUUUAAGUUCAGAGCCACUAACAUCAAAGGCCAAUACACAGACUCUGAGUACUCUGACCAUGUCAAAACCGCAGUGGAAGGGCUGUUGACCAAGGAAGAGCAGAUCAUUCUAGGUGUUCUGCUUUCCUUCUUCUUGGCUGUGUUACUCAUCAUCAUCAUCUGUGGCUCAGUGAAGAUCCAUCAGCGCAAGAAGGAGGGCGGGACUUAUUCACCCAGAGAGGCAGAGAUCAUAGAGACCAAGUGUAAACUAGAUCAGCUGAUCGCUGUGGCAGAUCUGGAGCUGAAACAAGAGAAACUCAAUCGGUAUUCUUCUUUCUUCUUUAGACGGAAAGAGAUUUAUGUCAUCCAGCUUCUCAGCUACCGGAAAUCACUUAAGCCUGUCAACAAGAAGACUUUUCUGCAGCACGUAGAGGAUCUGUGUGCCAACGACAAUACCAAGUUCCAGGAAGAGUUUGCUGAGCUCCCAAAGCUGCUACAGGAUCUGGCCGCCACAGACGCUGACCUGCCCUGGAACAAAUCCAAAAACCGCUUCCCCAACAUCAAACCUUACAAUAACAAUCGAGUGAAACUGCUGUCAGAACCGGGCACUGCAGGCUCUGACUACAUCAACGCCAGCUUCAUCUCAGGCUACCUGUGUCCCAAUGAGUUCAUAGCCACCCAGGGUCCUCUGCCCGGCACAGUGGCUGACUUUUGGAGGAUGAUCUGGGAAACAGGAACUCGCACCAUAGCCAUGCUCACUCAGUGUUAUGAAAAAGGCAGAAUUCGGUGUCACAAGUACUGGCCCGAGGACAACAAGCCAAUGUCAGUGUUUAGUGACAUUCUCAUCUCAAAAGUGUCAGAGGAAGUCCUUCCUGACUGGACUGUUAGAACCCUGAAAGUAGAAAAGCACGGACACUACAUUCUGGUUCGCCACCUCAACUACACAUCGUGGCCUGAGCAUGGGGUCCCAGAGUCCUGCACCACCCUCAUUAAGUUUGUCAAAGCUGUCCGAGCCCAUAGGCACGACAACACCACUAUAGUGGUUCACUGCAGUGCUGGUGUGGGAAGAACAGGUGUGUUUAUUGCCUUAGACCACCUCAUUCAGCACGUCAGAGAUCACGACUUUGUGGAUAUUUAUGGCCUGGUGGCCGAACUGCGCAGUGAGAGGAUGUGUAUGGUACAGAAUCUGGCCCAGUACAUCUUCCUGCACCAAAGUACGCUGGAACUUCUAAACAACAAAGGCAACAGUCAAUCCAUCUGGUUUGUCAGCUAUUCUGCUCUGGAGAAGAUGGACUCCCUGGAUGCCAUGGAAGGGGAUGUUGAGCUGGAAUGGGAAGAGACCACUAUGUAAAGACAAACUGAGGGACAGCGCACCUGAGGGAGAGUGAGUCUUUGGGACGUGACCUGUGCACAGACCCUGGACAGGACCGUCUCCCCCAUGCAAGGGAAGAAAAAGUAGGAGGAGAACACAGUCUGAACUGAACGGUCUGUCAGUCGACCUAACACUUUGUUGUUCCACUUCAACCCACUUCUCAGCACAGUCUUCCCUUUAUUGAACCUGUCGUCUACUUGUUUUCAAAGAGAGUGAGAGAAACAAAAGGGAGACAGGUACAAAGAAUUUCAGAAACAACAAGGAUAAAGGAGAAAUGGUGAGCUGAUGGUUAGAGCUCUGUCACAUCUGUAGGCCUACAGGUACUUUGCACAAAUUGAUUUCAUUGUGUAUUGUAAUUACUGUAUUAUGUUAUCUGUUUUUGUAAAAUGUAUUCAGCCAAAAUGGUGGUGGGGGGGUUCCCAAUCUCUGUUAUUCUGCCUGUAUUGAGGUGUUAUUCAUCCUUUCUCAUGUGUGAUUUGCAAAAAUAAAGCAACUUGUAUUUUU